AUGUCAGAUCAUUUGGCCAAAAUCGCGCAGCAACUCGAAACUCUUGAUUUAUUAAAAGAGAAGGUAGAAGCACUCGAAGCCUCAGCAAUCAAUAAAAACAAGAAACCUGGAGAAGCACGCCGCAGGCACUAUUAUGAAGAUGAAGAGAGCGAAGACGAGCAAGAAAAUCGCAGGCGCACCAGAUUUCAUCGCACCAAAAUUGAAUUCCCAAAGUUUAGUGGAGGUGAUCCACGGGGAUGGAUCUUAAAGGCUGAGAAGUACUUUAAGUAUUACAACACACCUGAAGAAGAGAAGGUGGACGUAGCCUCACUGGCACUGGAGGGUGACGCACUAGAAUUGUUCGCAUGGAUCAGUCAUGAACGAACACUCAACUACUGGGACGAGCUCGUGACAGCAUUCCAAGAGAAUUUGGGACCACUUGAAUACCAAAAUCCGGAUGAAUUUCUUUGCAGCAUUAGGCAAGAAGGUUCAGUUCAGGAAUAUCGCACAGAGUUCGCCAAACGAUCGUCGAGAGUCAAGAAUUGGCCGGAGCACUGCUUGCUCGGCGUUUUUCUGAAUGGGUUAAAAGAAGAAUUACGAUCAGAUGUCAGAAUCCAUAAACCACGAUCAGUUUACAGAGCAGUAAGUCUGGCUUUGGAGAUCGAAAGCAAAACGCAGCUUACCAAGACAAGACCCAGCUUGAUCCAGACCCAAACCCGCUAUCCUAACCCGAGCACACCUGGGGCACGUGACCCGAAAUACACUGAAGUUACCUUCUCGACGUCUUCGCAGAGGGCAUCAACGCCAUCGGGACCCAAAUCAGCCAGCGUAGUGUCGACCAAAAACUCCUCCAUGGAUUUCGAACACCAACGCAGGAGAGACAAGGGGCUGUGCUUCCGAUGUGGUGACCUCUUUCGGCCUGGGCACCGCUGCCGGGGAUCCUUCUCCCUCAUGGAGAUUACAGAGGAAGGCGAUGAGGUUGCCCUUCCUCUUGAAGAUGGUGAACCCGAGGAAAUAAGGACAGAAGGGGCAGAAAUUUCAUUAAAUGCUAUACUGGGUAGCAACACAGGGUCAGCUAUGAAACUUAAAGAACUGCGUCUUCCUACUCAUUAUAUUUCUGCAUUUGGAGUCCAAAUUGGGGAUAGCAGUAUUGUACGGUGCAAUCGAGUAUGCAAAGAUGUGAGAGUUAAGCUCACAGAACUGACUAUUAAGGAAGAUUUUUUCCCUUUUUCCUUGGGAGGAGCUGAUCUGGUGCUGGGCAUUAAGUGGCUAGCAUCUCUGAAUACGGUGCAAGCCAACUGGAAUGAACUUUUUAUGAUUUUUUGGUUGAAUGGCAAGCGGUAUAAAUUACAGGGAGUCCCUAAUGCUACUAGUGGUGCUCAAUUUAAUUCAAUGCAACAAAUAGAAGCUUCCGCUAACUCUACACCUCUUCAAUGUUUCAAUCCAGAAUCUUUAUUUGCAGAAUUUCCAUCUGUAUUUGAAGGACCUUCAAACUUACCACCCUUUAGAAAUCACUCACAUGCCAUUCCCCUACUGCCAGGGGCCAACCCUCCCAAUUUACGACCCUACAGGUAUCCAUAUUAUCAAAAGGCCGAGAUUGAAAAGCAAGUUGAAGAGUUACUUAAAAAGGGGUUUAUUCAGCCUAGCUCAAGUCCAUUUGCCAGUCCAGUUUUAUUGGUCGCAAAGAAAGAUGGUUCGUGGCGAUUCUGUGUUGACUAUCGGAAAUUAAAUGCCAUUACAAUCCCAGACAAGUAUCCAAUUCCCAACAUUGAUGAGUUACUAGAUGAAUUACACGGGGUAAUCUAUUUUUCCAAAUUGGAUUUACGUUCUGGAUACCACCAAAUCAGGAUGCUACCCGAAGAUAUUUACAAAACAGCAUUUCGUACUCAUUCAGGGCAUUAUGAAUUCAUAGUUAUGCCUUUCAGCUUAACCAAUGCCCCAGCAACUUUUCAAGCAGCUAUGAACGACUUAUUUCAUCCUUAUUUGAGAAAAUUUAUGCUGGAAAAUGCAUUUUGUGUCAAUUUGAAAAAAUGCUUUAUGGGGAAAUCAAAAGUUUCCUUUUUAGGGCACCAAAUUUCUGCCCAGGGAGUUGAAGUUGAGACUGAAAAGGUGGAGGCGGUACGAGAAUGGCCUAUUCCUAACAAUGUAAAGGAGUUACGUGGGUUUUUAGGCCUUGCAGGAUAUUACCGGCUUUUUGUGAGGGAUUUUGGGAUUAUUGCGCGACCCCUUACUGAAUUGACUAAGAAGGAUGCCUUCUUAUGGUCUGAACUAACUCAAAAGGCAUUUGACAACCUUAAACGUGCACUGGUGAGGGCACCCGUCUUACAGUUGCCCAAUUUUGGGAGGACUACGAUCUCUUGCACACUCAAUUUCCCUCCUUUCAACUUGAGGACAAGUUAA